AUGGAGCUAAUUAGGAUCAAAUCGUUAGCCAUUUUUCUCUUUAUGCUCUCAUGGUUCACACAUCUCCCCUUGGGUCUAGCCUUCCUACCUCCCAACAAAGACAUGGGCUUAGACUUCCUCGUUCCACACAACAAGGCUCGAGCCCAGGUCGGGGUGCAACCCCUCACGUGGAACACGACCCUAGCAACCUAUGCUCGUGGGUAUGCAUACCAUAGACUUGGUGAUUGUGACUUGCGCCACUCCGAAGGGCCUUUCGGGGAAAACCUGGCUGAAGGUUAUGGUGACCAAUUCACUGCAACUGAUGCUGUCAAUAUGUGGGUUGGGGAGAAACCAUACUACGAGUAUGUAUCAAAUUCAUGUGUCGGUGAUGAGUGCCGUCACUACACGCAAGUGGUGUGGCACGAUUCUACUCAGCUCGGGUGUGCUAAGGUUAAGUGUCGUAAUAGUUGGUGGUUUGUGAUAUGCAGUUAUGAUCCCCCAGGGAAUUAUGAGGGCCAACGUCCGUAUUAAAUAAAUCAAUGUCUUUUGUAAGAACAUCGAUUUACAAUUAUAUGACAACUUGUAUUGUACAAAAUGAUUGAAUAAUUGUCUUUUGCUUUGGCCGAAAUGCACUAAUUAAUGUGAUUUUGUUUUGUCU